AUUGUUUGCAAAAAUAGUUACAGGACAUGAACAUUCCACAGGAUAGUGCAUGGCAAUUCCUGUAAGCAGAGCAGUCGCAGAGCACUAAUGAUGCUGUGGGUUCUCUGAGUGUGUGAGACUUUGAAUAUAAGCAUUUAUGCAAGAUCUUUGUUAAUUACUUUCGAAGGUGCAAGUAGCUUCUUAUUUUCUGUAUGUGACAGACUUUAUUCAAGGUACAUCAUCCUCAAUCACCUCAUCCCACAAGUAUUGAUAGAUGUUGAUAAACUAAUAAUGAACUGAUUGAAUGUUAUCACCCCUGCAAUACUCUGGAUAAGUAUUAGACAAUGCACUUCUUAUACUGAGGUGAAUAGUAGUUGAGAUCUGUAACUACUUACCCAGCAGAGUUAAGUAGGUAAUCUGUGGAAUAAGAUCUUUAGCUUCGUUGGAAGAUGUACCUAAAUAAAGUGUAGUUCUUCAUAAUUGUUAGAAGAGACUGUUCUGUGGCAUGAACUUAAUUUGUAGAGAGCUUAACAAAUUCUGGAAUGUUCAAAAUGCUGCCUAUGUUGGAGGUAUAUUUCAUUUGCAUUUGAUUUUCAUUUGAAUCUUAUUUUAUUCUCGAGUCUCACUGAUUUGUUCAAAGGCAGUGUUAAAUCUCUUACGUUAUUUUAAAAAACAGUGAAAUUUAAGUACUGUUUUUUAAUACAGUUUAGAAAUCUAAUACAGAAAAGAACUGCAUUACAGAAAUCCUAAUGUAAAACUGUAGAAAAAGACACACUUAGGUGUGUUUCAUUAUCAAGAAUAAUAGAAGUUGAGAUGGUUAGCCAGAGCAGAAUAUGUAAAAGGAGUGACUUCAUGAUCUCAGGCUCUCAUGAGUUAUAAAAGAGAAUUUCACUUUUGAAGAAGAACAUGAACUGCCCCUUUUAGCUCUUUUCAGUGUUCAGUAGUAGCAGCAGGAUGGUUGGCCUUACGAGAAUGCAGCACAUGAUGAUGCAAGCUUGUUGCAGGUGUGGGGAAAUGAAGUAAAAUAAAAACAAUCUCAGGUAUGAGAUGAACAUGUAAAUCUGCGUCCAUAAAGCACAAAAGGAAGAAAGUCCAAAAAGUGUGGAAGGAUGUAAUGUGUGUAGUUCUUAGUGCCCAAGGGGUAAAGUUUCAGGUUAGUGAAGUGGUGAGAGAUAAUACGUGGGAAAGGCUUGUACUAAAAAUAUGUUUGGUAUCGUGCACAAAGAAUACUGAAAAGAACUGUCUGUUUGGUAUCUAAGUACACUGAUCAAAAUACAAUUUGUUUCAACUGCUGCCCCUUAACACUUGAUAUCAUGCAGGCUGCUGGCCAAAUAAAUGCUUUAGAGGGCAUGGGUACAUUAAUCUUGCAAGCCUUUUGCUCUCACCUCACACCAUUCAUUUUAGCCCCCUGACUUGUCUGUUAGAAACAGUAUACUUUUUCCAUAUUUGAUGUUUUGGUGUUUAUUUUUUUUAGAGAGUAUUGAUUUUCAGGUAAAGGCUUAAUUUGCUUAUGUACUCAAAGGUUUUGAACUCUUCAUGACAAAUAUUUGAGUCUUACACUAUGUAAUAGAAGUAUUCUAACUUUAAUGGUACUCAGACUGUAAUUUGUUUAUUCAGCUUAUAGGAAAGUAGUACCAUUUGUCUCCAAGUUGUUCUUAUAUUACACUCAAAUCAGCGUAAACUGGUGAGGGGGAUAUGUUACGUCUGGUAUGUUCAGGGCUUGGUUGUACAUCGUGCUGGUUUGACAAACAGCAUUCUGUCUUUGAACAUUUGCAUAUCUGCACUCUCUGUUUUAAAUAGAAUAUGCACAGGCCCUGGAAAAUUAUCUGGUCUCUCCUUCUGGUAUGAAGAGCUCACCCUCUCCUUCAUAAAUAUCAUGAAAGAUUGUGUGGCUAUGGAGAACUAAUUUUUUUUUAAUGACUUAUUUAUGUGACAGCUUUUCCCCGAAGUUCUUGCAUGUUUGCUUCAAACUGUAACUUUUGGACAGAUACGUUGCUGAAAAAAAAUUACAACUUCUAAUUGUUGUUGAAAGUGCUUGUCUUGUAUGGAAGACUUCUUUUUUGUAUUUGGUUCCAACACUGAGUGUUGCAUAUGUAAACCUUUCUUUGCAGUGGUAUUUAUCAGAUGAACUCUUUGAUAUUGAAGAUAUAGUAGGUGUUUAUACUACAAUCUAAUAUGAAAAUAAGCUUAGUCCAGCCCAUUGUAAAGUAAAGGAAAAUGAGCACUACUUGGCUGAACUCUGUACUCUAAAUGAGUGAUUUACUCUUUAUAGUGUUCACUUUAGGUUAGUUAAAUGACUUUCUGAAGCUUAGCACGAGUGUCUAAUAGUCUUCCUGCACCUUACAGUUGAUCUCAGGCUCCUAUUGUUGCACCACCUAAUCACCCUCCAGUAUUGAGUGAGUUUUUGCAGCUUGGUCUUAAUUUAGAGCUGCUGUGUUUAGAAGUCCUAGAACUCAAGGAUUAGUAUGAAGCUACUUCAGGAACCGGAGAAAUGGCCACUACACAAUCUGUCUUCACAUUUGCUCUCUGCAUUUUAAUGAUAACUGAAUUAAUACUGGCUACAGAGAGCUAUUAUGAUAUCUUAGGAGUUCCAAAAAAUGCGUCUGACCGCCAGAUCAAGAAGGCAUUUCACAAGCUGGCUAUGAAAUACCACCCAGACAAAAACAAGAGUCCUGGCGCAGAAGCGAAAUUUAGAGAAAUUGCCGAAGCAUAUGAAACAUUAUCAGAUGAGAAUAAACGAAGAGAAUAUGAUCAGUUUGGCCGUCAUGAAGGACAAGGAAAUAAGGGAAACCCAUUCCAUCAGUCAUUUAAUUUCAACUUUGAUGAUCUGUUCAAAGACUUUGACCUAUUUAGUCAAAACUCACGAUCAAAAAAGCACUUUGAAAAUCACUUCCGAAGUCAUCGGGAAGCUCACAAUCGGCAAAGACGUUCUUUCCAAGAGUUCUCCUUUGGAGGUGGACUGUUUGAUGAUGUGUUUGAAAAUAUGGAAAAAAUGUUUUCGUUUAGUGACUUUGAAAAUGCUCACCGACACGCCGUGAGAACUGAUGCCAGGUUUCAUGGAUCCAGCAAGCACUGCAGGACUGUCACUCAGAGACGAGGAAACAUGGUUACUACUUACACUGACUGUUCUGGACAAUAAUGUUUCCUUUCCUUUAAACUUUUCUUUUUUUCUCAAGAUCUUCAUAAUCUUUCUUGGUUUUGUGCUAACAUAGAAAAAAGUCUUUGAACUGUUUGUUCUAAAGAACAUUUAACUACAAUUUCUUUACAGUAGUUUGAAACUAAUCUUCGGAAUAGAAACAACGUGCAGUUGGGAAGUAAUGUGUCAGUAACUACUUAGAAUGGGAGAUAAAUAUUCUCAUGUGAAAGAAAAAAAUUAUGUGUAUUUCUGUUUAGUAAACACUUUCCCUAAAUUCGAACACAAGAUAUAUAUAUUUUUCAUUUCAGAAAUGUAAUAUAAUUUUUUCAUAUAUGCCAAUUCAGGACUGUUUGUGUUAUUGGUGCAUGGAUUGCAGCAGAGGAGAUACUUUAAUUUUUAAGUGCUGCUUUUUUGUUCAGUUGUGUCUUUCCAAGUUUGCACUUGCAGUUUUUACCUGAUACGGACUCACUGUGCAAAUUCAAUAAUUUACACAAAAUAGCAGCAGAAAUAUGACUUGCCUGGGUCUUUGCUACUCUCUCCAGCAUUGCACAAGUAUUAAUAAAACACCUUCUUUUUGAAGUUGGAAAAUAACAAGAGGGAAUAAGAUUGUGAGUGAUGUAGGAAUUAGUUUUAUUUCUUAAUAGCCUUUCAUUGGCCUGAAAAGAUCAUAGUGUUUGAAUGAUCCUUGACUUGCUUAAUGAUAUUAAUGUAUGUAAAUUUGUGUGCAUACAAGGUCUUUUUUUUUUUCCCCCCUUCCAAAUUACAAAUAUCUCUCUAACAAGGUUUGGAAGAGCACACCCAAAACACUCUUGUUUUAUGCUUAUUAUUAUUAUUAUACCAUGUGUGCAAUGCAGUUUCCAUAAUUCAGUUUAUUGAACUUAAAUACUCCUCAGUGCUCUAGUGAAAUUAAAUAAGUUAAGCUUGCCUACAGUUUCCUGGUGUUCCUGAAAGGGUCUAAGUAAUGUAGGUAUUGUAGGUGUUGUUUAGAUUGACAGAUUUAUUACCUGUUUUUCAGCAUUGUGAUUUGAAAGGUAAAUUCUUAGCUUAACCACAGAGAAAAACUGAAACUUCCAAUCCUUGUAUUCCUUGUGGAGCUGGAAAAUGCUAAUAAGGACAGUACUAAUGGGUAUUGAUUUCAGCACCGUGGAAACCCACAACCAGUGAAAACUACUUAAAAUAAAAAAAAAAAACAACCCCAAAACAACCUCAAAGCCCCAAAACAAACAAACAGAAAAAAAACCCCACAAAAAACCCCCAAAUACUUUAGCUGAUGUCAACCCAAAAGUUCUACUUUAAUUCUUAACUAGUAAUACAGGUCUAGUAUGUGAAAUUGGUUCCCCUUGGUAAGAUUACUGUCACCCACAUGUUGCUGUCCCUUUAGAACUGUGAGAUAAGAAUUUACCUUUCAGGUUGAUUGCAUGAGCAAAAUAAGCAUUUGAAACAGCAGUGUUCUCAAUAGUCUUUGAGUUCUUAAAAUCUUUAUUAAAAGAGAUUUUACCCUUUGCUUCUUGGAUGGGUAUUGAAAGCUGCCUCUUUGCUAAGUAACCUUCCCCUCAAGUAUUAUUGCUUGUUCAGUUUUCAUUCACUAAGUACUUGGAAUGGAUUCUUGUGUUAUAUUAAGUGCUUUUCCUUUUCCAUGUUCUUCUUUAUUUAUUAAUAGACUAAUACCUCAUAUAUGGUCUUUAUAAAAAGCCAGUAAUUUGUGCAACAUUAUCGGAAUGUGCAAUAUUCUUAUAGAAGGAAAAGUGCUGAAGUGAGUGUUAUUUUCACCCUUUUUCUGUGUAAGUAGAGAUUUUUGUUUCUUCUGUAUAAUUAAUAUAUAAUUGAACUGAAAGUUGUUUCUUGUAGAUUUCUGCAUUUAUUUUCUUUAACAUACUCCUGUCAGUCCUGUGCAUGAAUCAAACUAUCUGCUUGACUCAUAUCACAUGGGCAUCCAAGUGAACAAAUUACUAACUUAGAGUUCUGAGUUACUUUCUCUCACAAAUAUUAAGUAUUAAAUGUAAGAGAGUAUUAGCGAAUGUCCUUUGGGGAUGAUGACUGCUGGAACUUAAGAGGUGAGAGGCAACUCUAAAAGCGGGCUGCAAAGGUAAAAUGUUAAUGCCUUUCUUAGUCUAAUAAAUAUUUUUCUUAAUUAAAAAAAAUAAAUUGGAAACAGCAGAAUGAGCAGUUCACUUGGGUCCCUUCCCUAAUCCUGCAUUAGAGGAAUGAAAGCUAAAAUGAGCACUGUAAAUUGUAGGAAACACAGCCACCCCCAAAAUUCAAGUCUUUUAAGUGACUGUAUUAGUUCACCGUCUUUCAGGCUAAGCUUUUAGGUGAAAAUAAGGGUCGUUGGCUGAUACUAGGCUAGUUUCCCCUCUUUAAGAAUCUUCCAAACUUCCUACAAAGUGUACUUGUUUUUCUUUAAAGUCAAAGUACGAAACUGAUAAAACCGAUAGGGUUGCUAGUUUUCUAGCUGAUACACCUUAAAAAGACUUCUGCCUAGUCUUAUUUUAAUCUGCUUCUGUAUUAUUUCUCUUAAUUACUUGUCAUGGCAUAACUAACAAAUACUUCCUAUUAGUCCUGUAGCUUCUCCAAAUCACCUUCCUACUUGUUUUGGUGUUGAUUCAAGGUAAAAUCCAAAGGAAAACUUGUCAGGAGUAUUGCAGAAACCAGUGUAUGGCUGUCCCUGUGGUUUGCUAUGAUGGGUGUGCUUUGAACAGACCUUAGCUGGGGAAAUCUGGGCAGGCUUUCCUCAGCCAAGAGUCUUCAGUUCCAUGGCUCUCAGAACACAAGCUUGCAAAACAUGUUGUGCUUCUCACUUAUUCGGAGCUCUUGCACAUUCUCUUCCUAUUUAUAGCGUUUGCUUCAUGGCAGGCUCUCCAGCGGAAGUCCUGGUAUAACCUUAUGACACCCCUGACUUCAGAGUUUAUUAAGUGCCAUCUUUGAGCUCUCUUCGAGCUCUUGUCAAAAGACCCAGCAAAACUAGUUUUUGUUAUGUGAGGGUGAAAAAUAAAAUUAGGAACAAUUUUUUGAGAGGCAUUUAUGCAUAUGUAACUCCAAAUGAUUUAGUUUUUAAAACUUUAUUUAAAAAGUGGGGUUUUUUUUCAUGUUUGGUUUUUUCCCCCAUUAUACUUUUGAAACACAGUAUCUAAUGGAGAUGAAAGUACUGUAAAGUUAAUUAGAGUGCCAUUACAUUAAACGUGAAAAUGAAUGGUG